AUGGAAAUGCACGACGGUCAUGAGCCGUGCAGCGAUACGGGCUCGUUAACUGCAAGCAUCGCCAGCGACGAGUCCGCGUCCAUCAGGCCGCCCCUCCCCUAUAUACGCUCUCAGAGUUCCGCCGACACUGCGAAGCUCAAUUAUUUCCGCGGGUACGUCAUGGCCUCGGCCGAACCUUCGGACCGUGAAACCUCGAGCACUAAGGUCCACGUCGACCCGUCGCGGUUCGCUCCGCACGCAAGCGGCACGGAUGUCCUCGGUCUCAGCACUCCCCCCGCCGUCGUCGCCAGGAUCGCCUCCGACAAGCGCAAGGCGGAUGCCCUGUCGACCUGUACUUUGCCUUCAUCCUCGUCCGCCCAGCCCGCCAAGGUUGUUGACACAAAUGUCAGCCGGCCUCGCAAACGAUUACGUCUCCUCGUUUCCAGACGCGGAUCCGACUCUGCCAGCGCCCAGCCCGAGCAGAAGACUAUGGCCGCCAGUCGCGGGGCCGCCAGCUCGCCUAUCUCGGCUUGGCUUAGAGAUCAGCCCGAUAGGCCCGGCGACUAUGCCAACGCCGAUUUGCCUCCAACAAAAGACGAGGUCUUCGACCCCAUCCGCGAAGAGCUUGGGAUUUCCAAGCUGGCUCCAAAGUUGCCACAUGCCGCUAUCAUGGCCAGUGUGCAAGCCAUCCGCAAUGUUGAGGAUUUGUUGAAGAUUGGUUUCCUAGCCGGGUCGAAGUAUCCAAUGCAUAAGCGCAGAGACAGGAAGUGA